GUUUAGUUAGUCCUUCCUUCGACUCUGUAGAGGAAGGCCGGAGCUGUGUCUAGUGAAGGAGGGAGGAAACGCCUUCACAACUUGUUACUGCCGCUGUUCCCGCCAUUAUCACCUCAUUUUUCUAGGAGCUGAUGUGGGUCAGUGACCUGUGUCCCAUGCAUUAGGUCGAGGGUUCGAGUCCUGGCUGACACAGAGACCUUUCAAGAUGGCGGAUGGGAAGUUUGCGUCGUGUGGUGUCGUGUCCAGAGCUUUUGGAUGGAUUCCAGCGAGGAUAUCGGUGGCACUGUUGGCACUGCUAGGGAUGAUGAAUGCAGUGAUGGUACGAGUCAAUCUCUCUGUUGCUAUAGUGGCUAUGGUGCGUCAUAACCCAAACACCACCAUACACGUCCAGGCACAAUGUUCCUCGUCCGCCAGUUCGUCCUCCAAUAUCUCGUCCGUCAGUCAAGAGUACGAGGAGCCAUCUUUUCCCUAUACCAACGUGACCAAGCUUGGAGAGUUGGCCCCAGAGGAGGAAGAUGGGAGUGAGUUAAUGACCACAGAGUCCCCGGUGCUGUUGGUAGACUCUGUCAUGACGGGUGGAGAGCUGGACUGGGAUGAGGUGACACAGGGCUUUGUACUCGGCGCCUUCUUCUACGGCUACUGUGUGACUCAGAUCCUUGGGGGGAGACUGGCAGAGCUGUAUGGGACACGGAUCGUCUUUGGGCUUAGCAUCCUGGCAGGCGGCGUGUCUGCCAUACUCACGCCCCUGGCCGCCCGCACACACUACGGCCUCGUCAUUGCUCUCAGAGUCGUUCAAGGACUCUUUCAGGGCUCAACGAUCCCUUGCCUGUUCCCUCUUAUGGUACGCUGGAUGCCCCCAACGGAACGGUCUAGGUUCAUCGCCUAUGUUUGUUUCUGCAACAACCUCAGCAUCACCUUCACUAUGCCUCUGUGUGGUUUGGUGAUUGAAUCUUUUGGGUGGGACGCCGCCUUCUAUGUCACGGGCGCCCUGUCCCUCGUCUCCUGUCUCACCUGGUUCGCCUUUAUGUAUGAGACACCUGGAAAACACCCCAGGAUCUGCCCGAAGGAGUUAGAUUACAUACAAGAGAAGGUAAAGACUCCUGAAGGCCUGGACACGCCCCCUUCCUCCAUCCCUUGGAAGGAAAUGGUCACAAGUCUACCACUGUGGGCCAUCAUAGUAUGUGAAGUGGGGAAUUCGUUCGGAUUUAGUGUUUAUUUCUCCUACAUCCCGACCUACAUGCAGAAUAUAUUAGGCUUCUCCAUUAGUGAGAACGGUGUCUUGUCCGCCUUGCCCUUCCUGUGUCGGUACCUGGGUGCUGUUGUGUCGGCCACGGCAGCGGACAUGGUGCUGGACCGGGAGCUCCUCUCUGUCAUCACUAUCCGUAGAAUCUUCAGUGCUGUUGCCAUGUUCGGUCCUGCACUGAACCUGUUGGCCGUGGCGUACUCCGGGUGUGAUCCUACCGUGGCAGUCUUCCUCCUGUGUCUCGGCUUCCUUCUUAAUGGGUUCAUCACCACUGGUCUCUUCGCCAACAAGACCGACAUCACCACCAACUUCGUCGGUACAGUAUGUGGGAUUGGCAACACCUGUGCCAAUAUGGCCUCCGUCAUCGUGCCCAUCAUAGUGGGAGCUCUCACUCUGAACCAGCAAACCAUGGGACAGUGGCAGAAGGUGUUCUGGAUGUGUGUGCCAAUAUAUAUCGUCACUGAGGUCUUCUUCCUUAUCUUCGCUUCCGGAUCCAUUCAGAAGUGGAACUAUGAAGACACCGAUAAGAAGAGAGGCUCACCUGAGGCAGAAGCCUUCUUGGAUGAUGCCCUGACUUUCAUUCCGAAGGAGAAAAGUAGUGAAGCCUAGAAUGUACCCUAAAAUAAGCUUUGGAGGGUAGUAAAGCCAAGAACGAAACCUAAAAUAAGCUCUGGGUGGGUAGUGAGGUCAAGAACGAACCGUAAAAUCAUUUUUGGAAAGUACUGAAGACAGUUACGAAGCCUAAAUUUAGCUUUGCGUGGUCUUGAAACCAACAACGAACACACGCCUCAUAUAACCCUUAAAGCUGUAUAGUCUGUGCAUAGGUUAAUUUUUAUCAGAUUAAGAACUAUAUACUUCAUUCACUCCAAGCCUAGAACUGGGCCAGAUAAAAGCAAACUCCUGGUUGAUCUCUAGCCGCACCAGAUAAGAGCAAGUUUGUGAUAGGUCGAUUGCAGAAUAUAAAGAAAACAGAUUAAGUAAUGAAGAGCUGUAGUUACCCAAUGCAUCUCGUCCCGCCAGCCAAUCAGCUCCAUUGAUCAAAUAUGUUCUUGGUUUUGAUUGGUUCAUGAGAACGGAGCAUAGAGUGUAUGUGUAUUUUUCUGUUUGGCAAUUAUUUUGUUAUAUAAUUCCCAUUGUAGCUGGAGCUACUAUAUUAUGUGGUCUACCGAGCUGGAGUUGUGUCUACCGGGAUAUUUACACUAAAGCAUCCAUUAAUAUAACAUAACCUAGGUUAGGUUCAUGGAUGCUAAAGUGUAAAUAUCCUGGUAGACACAACUCCAGCUCGGUAGACCAUACUAUAGUAGCUCCAGCUCUGUAGACCACAUACUACAGUAGCACCAGCUCUGUAGACCACAUACUAUAGUAGCACCAGCUCUGUAG